AUGGACAAUGAACAAGAUAUUGAAGAUGAAGAUGAAGAUGAAGAUGAAAAAAAGCCUUCUAGACGCUCAGGUCGUCGUAAAAUUAAAAUUGAAUAUAUUGAAGAUAAAACAAGACGACACAUUACUUUUUCUAAACGUAAAGCGGGUAUUAUGAAAAAGGCGUAUGAACUCAGUACACUUACGGGAACUCAAGUCUUGCUGCUUGUUGUGUCAGAAACAGGCCUUGUAUAUACCUUUACAACACCAAAACUACAACCACUUGUAACUAAACCAGAAGGUAAAAAUCUAAUUCAGUCUUGUUUAAAUGCCCCUGACAAUACCAUGGUCGAAAAUGGAAAUCCAUCAUCUUAA